CGCAUGGAAUUUGGAAAGUGAAAUAUACAAAAGACUCCAAGCGAAGAGACGAAGAGAGCGAAAGAGGGAUACACAUUUUUUUGAUAAAUUAUUUUCCGUAAUUUCAUUUCUCUGAAAUUCCAGGGUUAGGGUUAGGGUAAAGUUUGAAGCUUUUUUCAGGUAUGGCGACGGCCACGACGACGGAAGCACAAUCGGAGCAGAGCAAUGCGAAGCCAGGGCUGAGAAAGCCCGUCUUCAUCAAGGUCGAUCAGCUCAAGCCGGGCACUAGCGGCCACACCCUCGUCGUCAAGGUCCUCAGCUCCAACACCGUCUUGCAGAAGGGCCGAUCGGUCUCCCACCAUCUCCGCCAGACCCGAAUCGCUGAGUGCCUCAUCAGCGAUGAGACUGGAACCAUCGUCUUCACCGCCAGGAACGAUCAAGUUGACUUGAUGAAGCCUGACACGACAAUAAUUCUUCGAAACGCAAAGGUCGAUAUGUUUAAGGGAUCUAUGAGGCUGGCUGUCGACAAGUGGGGUCGCGUUGAGGUCACCGAGCCUGCACAGUUUGUUGUCAAGGAGGAUAACAAUCUCUCUCUGGUUGAAUAUGAGCUGGUGAAUGUUGUGGAAGAAUGAAUGACUCGGUAUUUUUGACGCAUAAUAUUACAAGGAGUAGCUUCAAAACAUAUAAAAGAUAUGAUGGUUAGUAGUGCUCUAAUUUAUUGGUAUAUGCUGUUGAUGCUCUAGCUAUGUAACUUAUAUUAUUUAUCAUGGAAUAUCUUGUUUGGGAUUGGUUCAUAGUUAGCAUAAAAAUGGUUAUGAGAACAGAAGAUUAUUCCAUUCUAUAUGAUAAUAUGAACACCUCAAAUUAGGGUUU